GUUCAAUGUAGUUGAACGAGUUCCGCUGUGAGCAAUAGCCAGGUACCAUCGCGGAGCACGCACGAAAUCAAUUUUUACAACGAAAACGACAGUGCGAACUGAUUAUAUUGUCCAUUGUAUUAUUUAACGUUUUUUGUGUUGUACGCGCGAUAUAUAAAAGGGUUUCAUUGAACCCGCCGAAAAUAUUGUUAAGAGUUUAAAAUAAAGCCGCAAAAGUGGAUACCGAUAACGCAAAAAUUGAGGAUUUGAUGGACUCUGAUCCUGACAUUGAGUUCAUUGAAAAGGAUAGCGGGAUGUCUUCGUUAGGUGGUAGCAAGGACGAAACGCCAGAGCGGCGCACAGUAGCCAUUCCCGCAAAUGACGAACCGCAAACAGAUGGUGAGAAUUACGAUGAUGAACCAGACGAGUCGUUCGGUGAACGUAUGAUGGGACUAUCAGAAAUGUUCCCGGAAUCAGUGAGAAAUGCGGCCAGCACCGUGACUACCACUGCGGUGAAGAGUUUCCGUAGCUUCUAUCAGUUCUCGUGCAACGCGUCGUGGAUAUUCUUUACUAGUUCCGUCAUACUAUUUGCUCCCGUCAUUUUCGAGACCGAGCGCGCCCAAAUGGAGGAGCUACACAAGUCACAGCAAAAGCAAGUGUUACUUGGUCCAGGCAGUGCCAUGGCCGCAACUGGAGCGUCGCCCAGUUUACCAUUGAUUCGUUAAUUAACAACUUUGAUAUAUAUAUAUAUAUACAUAUAUGCAUAAUACGUUAGUUCAAUUUACCAGCGGGGACGCAACAAUAACAACAGCAGCAACACUUAAAAUGGGAUAGUGCCUCACGCUCUAGAGUAUAAGUUGGAAUCAAUCUCGAUUCAGUUCACGUACCCCUGCCAGUGAAUGUUAAUUAACAUUACAACCAAACUGAAACACACACACAUACACA